AUGCUUCCUUUUUCCCCUGGGAGCUUAGGUUUCUCUAUUCGCCCAGCCGUCUCAGCCGACAUGUUUAGUGAACUGCCUCAAUUUUGGUUUUCCCUUCAAGGCUUUCUGUUGGUGAUAAUUCUUGUUGUAACGCUGUACUUCAUUUCUUGCCUUUUGUUCCCUGAUGUUUCCGUUUCUGAUUUGGAGAAGAAAGCCGUUCUUAUCACGGGAUGCGACAGUGGUUUUGGUUACGAGCUCGCAAAGAAGCUCGAUUCUCGAGGUUUACAGGUUUUUGCUGGGUGUCUCACUUCAGAAGGACAAGCAAAGCUGAGAAGUGAAUGCUCUCGACAACUGACCACAUUACAACUUGAUGUUACAAAUGCGAGCGACGUGCAGAAUGCUUUGAAAGAAGUAAAUUCCCACCUCCCUCCCCAAGGUAAGUGAAAAGGACACGCAAUCGUUUAAACAGUGGAGGAUUCUGCGAACAUUGACGAACUAAAAUUAUAGCUCUUUAAUAUUUCUUGCCACCGAAAAAUGUCAAUUAACCAUGCACAAGAGGAGAUUUUUGCGGCCGUUUACACACAUCUCUGACAUCUCCAGUUACUCUGGAAAACAUUCAUCAAAUAUUACGUAAUAUUGGGGCAGGCCGGUAUGGCCCAUCUCCGAUGAGCUUUUGCUUUUGAAUAUCUGUAUCACUUUGAGGACUAACCUUUUUUUCUUACCCUUGAAGAAUUCCAUAAAAUUGUAUUCACUCCUGAAGACUACCAUAAAUAAUUGGAUCAACCCCUGAAAAAGCCUGAAAAAGGUACUCUUUUGGGAGGAACCUCCCUGUAUGGACCAAUAUAGGGCCGAAUAACCCCCUACUGAGGUUUGGUUGAUCCCAAGCCCUUCCACUCAGGAACCUGCAGCUCGCAAACAAGUGCAUGUAAUUUUAUGCCCUCCAAGAAAGCACUUUUAUAAUAUUAAAUAUCUUAUAAAAUGCACAAGGAAAGGAGCGUGCUAAAGGGGUAAAAUGGGAAUUGGGAUUUGCACUGGAAAAAUGGGAUUUUGGUCGCUGGGACUGAGAUUUGAGUGAGAAAAAAAACCAAAAUGGGAAUGGGAUUGGUGUUUUGUUAGCAUAUCAGUGGGAUCGGGACACUGGUUUGUGGGAUUUGGAAAAAAAUGGUGGCUGGGAAAUGGGAUUGGUAACCCCCCUUCAGGACCCUUGGAAAGCAGUAGCCUGUUCCAGGCUCUCAGAUAGUAGGGAUGACCUGUAAGUGAAAUGCAUGCAAAAAUAUAGGUGCGUGAUCUGGAAAAAGGUGGGGGAACAGUAAAAAGUUUCCUUCCAGUUUCCUCUCCUUUUAUUUUUGUGUUUGCUCUUUCUCAAUUUCGCGGACCAGUCUACGUCAGAGCCUGGAACAGCCCAGGAAAGCAGUAAACAUCCAAUGAGUGUUUUUUGCAGUUAAAACAACAUGUCUUGAUGUACUUUUAGGUUUGUGGGCUAUAGUGAACAAUGCUGGGAUUGGACCUGUGGGUCUUAUUGAAUGGCAGACUGUAGAAGAAAUGAAGCACGUUCUUGAUGUCAAUCUUUGGGGGAUGGUAUCAGUGACCAAGGCAUUCUUGCCACAGCUUAAGAAAACCAAGGGACGCAUUGUCAAUGUAGCUAGUACAUGGGGAACAAUUUCUCUCCCCUCUGUAACAGCAUAUUGCAUAUCAAAGCAUGGUGUUCAAGCAUUUUGUGAUUCUCUGCGUCGAGAGGUAAAGCAGUUUGGUGUUUCUGUUCACAUUUUGGACCCUGGUAUGUUUAGAACCAACCUGGCAAAUAGUGAAGUGGCUAUAAAGCAGAUAGAGAGGUUAUGGGCUAACCUUGAUGUGGACACAAAGGAAAGUUACGGAGGAGAGUUAAAUUUAGGUGAGUAAUAUACAGAUUGGCCCAAAGCGAUGCUCUCGUGUGAACUUUUAAGAGCUCUUUUAAGAAAUGUCUUUCUGAAGUAAAGUUUUGAGAGUCUUCGAUCACUUUAUUACCAUAAAUGGUCAGUGGAGAACUUUAAAAAAACAUGUCACCUAAAAGGUGCAAAGGUAAAGCUACCAUAUUUUACGUCGAUAACACGUGACAGUAUAAUAACUGCUUCUAAAAUGCUGCUAAACAGCUGUAAUUUAGCUGGACAGCUAUUUUGAAGCGAUUUUGUGGCGCUGUACAGCGCUGGAAGUUUCGUACGGGGACUCACUAGAAGUGGAAUCAUUUUGUAACGGAUGGUUUGUUAAUAAUGUCCAUAUUUUACUUAAUCUUCUCUAGGAAAGGCCUUGUAUGCUGCUCAGUUUAUGUUUUUUCUAUCACCACAUAUUUACAAAGUGGUUGAUGCAAUGAUGCAUGCUGUGACAUCCACUCGACCUAAGCUGCGGUAUGGAGUAGGAUGGGACCACAAGUUCUUUUGGAGGCCUCUUUCACUUUUGCCAUCUGAAAUAAAAGAUUUAAUUCUUCCUUCUUAUGCAAGCACACAAAGGAGCUCCGUAAAUCAUACUUAG